GACUCGGGCCCGCGCCUCGCUCGCUCCUGGGGACGGAUGCCGGGCUGGGGGGAGGCGGCGUUUAAAGACACCGGGAAGACGCCCGUGGAGCCGGAGGUGGCGAUUCACCGGAUCAGGAUCACGCUGACCAGCCGCAACGUCAAGUCCCUGGAGAAGGUGUGCGCGGACUUGAUCAGAGGCGCCAAGGAGAAGAACCUCAAGGUGAAGGGGCCCGUGCGGAUGCCGACCAAGACGCUGAGAAUCACCACAAGGAAGACGCCCUGCGGGGAGGGGUCCAAGACCUGGGACCGGUUCCAGAUGCGGAUCCACAAGCGGCUCAUCGACCUGCACAGCCCCUCCGAGAUCGUCAAGCAGAUCACGUCCAUCAGCAUUGAGCCGGGGGUGGAGGUCGAGGUCACCAUUGCAGAUGCGUAAAUCAGGCUUUUUAAUAAAUUGGCUAUCUGUUGUUUAA